AUGGAAAGAAUGAAUAGAACUUUGUGGAGUGAAUUCAUUCUUCUUGGGCUUCUGAAUCACACAGUGAUCCAUACAGUUUUCUUUGGGGCUAUUCUACUUACUUUUUUUGUAGCUUUACUUGGAAACUGUCUUUUCCUUUUUGUAAUCAUCACAGGUUCAUAUUUCAGGACCCCUAUGUACUUUUUCCUCAGCCAGCUCUCCUUCAUAGACAUCUGCCAAACUUCCACCAUUGUUCCCAAAAUGUCCAUGGAUUUUUGGAACAAGGACAACACAAUUUCAUUGGCUGGAUGUGGCACUCAGGUUUUUUUCACCAUCAUGAUGGGAGGAGCAGAGUGCCUCCUACUGACCGUCAUGUCUUAUGACAGGUAUGUGGCUAUCUGCAAACCUUUGCACUAUCCAGUUCUCAUGAGCAGGAGGGUGUGUGUGGCUAUGUCUGCUGGAGUCUGGUUUGGGGCUUUUUUUCACUCACUCAUGCACACCCUUUGUGUGCUCCAGCUGCCCUUCUGUGAGUCUAAUAGAAUAAAUCAGUUCUUCUGCACAAUCCAAGCUAUGCUGAAAUUAUCUUGUUCUGAAACAUCCACCUAUGAAAAUUGGUUGUUCCUGGUUGGCAGUAUAUUACUCUUGGCUCCCCUGUCCAUCAUCUUGGCUUCCUACAUCUCUAUCCUUUUGACAGUCCUGGGAAUGCAAUCAGUGGAAGGAAGACAUAAGGCAUUUAGCACAUGCCUCUCCCACCUUGGUGUGGUGGGGGUCUUCUAUGGAGCAGCAAGCUUUAAAUAUAUGAGACCCAGAUCUUACCGAACACCACAGCAGGAUAAGGUGGCCUCUGUGCUUUCUGACAUUGUGACUCCCAUGCUGAAUCCCUUGAUAUACAGUUUGAGGAACCAUGAUGUGCUAGCAGAACUGAGAAAAUACAUUCGGAAACCUAUGUUGAAUAUCUAA